AUGAUGAUGAUGGUGAUGAAAUACAUUGCACAUACUUUACUUCUCCUUUCGUUUUCUUCAUUGUUCAGGUAUACCAUGGCGUUGAAAGGAGCAGCAACAAUGAUUGUUCGACUUAGUCGAGCAAUAAUCUCUCGUCCACUAAAACCCGUAUUUAUUCCUCGUAAAUAUGAUCUUGCACUUAUAAACAAGAACCCACAAGUUCAUUCGAAUACACCAGUUCGUUAUUAUUUAUUUCCAUCGAUAUAUCGAUCGUUUUUCACUCAUAAUGGCCCAUCGAUUGGUCAUUAUCAGCAAAAUCUCUCGCACUUAUUACCUUUUCGGGCGGCACUCAACGAGAUCAAACGACGGCUAUUCUUUGCUGCUCCGAUUGGUUCUCGGCUUCUUCUGAGUCUUCUUGGCUAUUCGCUUCUUCCACAAGCAUCUUUCGAUUAUAAUCAUUGUUUCGAUCAAUCAAUCAACAAAAUCGGUGAUCUUCUAUUAAAAACUACCAACGUGGAUUCACUGCAUGACGAAAACGAAGAAUACAAUCGAGCAUCGCUCGAUGAUUACGAAUUAGGUCGUUUACUUGGUUAUGGUUGUAAUGCUGCUGUUUACGAAGCACGAUUACGAACGUCGUCUGAAAGAACAUCUCAUUUAUCACCAGAUUUGGUUUCCAAUGAAGAAAAUCAAACUGACAGUGAUAUUGAGAUUCUUUCACGUCAAUCAUCAACAAUUUCGUCUCUAUAUGAAGAUACAUUUGAUACCGAAGAACAACUCAACGAAUCGACAUUCAAAGAAGUUCGAUAUCGUGCCUCGACUCACAUGCAUAAAUCACCCACCAUUGAGUCAGAUAUCUUACCAAAUGGUAAGUUUAAUUUAGCAAUCAAAAUGUUGUUUAAUUACGGCAUUCAAUCUAAUGCUGAAGCAUUAGAAAAAGCUAUGGAAAAAGAAUUACUACCAUUACGUAAAUGUUCCUAUCAUCCAAAUGUCGUUCGGAUGUAUUCAUGUUUUGUUGAUUCAUUUCCACUGCUAAGUGAAGCACAUGAAUACUAUCCAAUGGCUAUUCCAUCGAGUUUAUCGCCAGAUGGCUAUGGAAGAAAUAAGACAUUGUUUAUUGUCAUGCGGAAAUAUGAUUUAACAUUGAGUGAAUAUAUUCGAUUGAAUAAACCAAGUCACCAUGAACGUUUGGUAUUGUUUGCCCAAUUACUAGAAGCUUUGUUGUAUUUAAAACGUCAUUCGAUUGUUCAUCGAGAUUUAAAGAGUGAUAAUUUAUUGAUAUGUAGUUCAACAGGUGAAUUGGUGCUGGCAGAUUUUGGCUGUGCGUUACAUUAUCCACCGAAUUUGAAAGUACCAUAUGCAACGGAUGAGAUUUGUAAAGGUGGAAAUCUGGCAUUAAUGGCACCGGAGAUUGUUUCGUGUCAACCCGGUCCGAAGAGUUUCCUUGAUUAUACAAAAGCUGACCUUUGGGCAAGUGGUGCAUUAUGCUAUGAAUUUUUCUCUCAACCAAAUCCGUUCUUUCAUGGUACAUUUCGACAAGAGUCGUACAACGAUCAGCAAUUACCGUCACUUUCACCUCUAGCAUCGUUGACUAUUGAAAAACUUGUUCAUCUAAUGCUACGUAGAAACCCUAAGGAGCGUCCAACGAUAUCUCGCGCAAGUGAUUGUGUUCAUUUAAUGCUUUGGUUCAAUUCAACUUCUUUGAAACUAUCGAAAGAUGAAUUCUAUCAAACAACUUAA